AUGUAUCGGCGCGUAAAUUACGACCCGCUCAAACGAACAAACAACAUCACCUCCGUCACCAAGGCUGUCAGCCUGUCACCCCAUCUGAUGGACUCGACAACUCCGACUUCGCGGCUAUCGACCGGCGGUUCUCAGCUGAGCUCUUCUGGUGGCAUACAAAAAGGCCGGCAGCGCAUCAUCACCGCAUGCCUGACAUGUCGCCGUCGGAAGGUCAAGUGCGAUCAUGCGCAACCGGUCUGUUCGCCUUGCCAGAAAGGCAAUCGUGCCUGUACGUAUGUCAGUCCGCAGCCGGUCUCACAGGCCUCCUCCCGUACGGUGACCGGAAAUCGAACGUCCCGAUCCAACCUCCGGUCUGGCCAAGAGGAAAUUCGUACUCGCCUCGAACGGCUAGAACAACUUCUGGAACGAGCAAUAUCUGGUGGCGGUACCAUCUCACAGUCACCCGAUGUGAAGGUUCCUUGCGCUGAAAGCCCCUCCGAUACUGACCAAGGAGGAGGUGCAUUGCCCAACCCGAGAAACGAAACCUUGUCAGCCGAUGGUUACGAUGGUGCCUUACUGCUGGAGGCCCAAGGAGGCCAAUCUCGCUGGGUUUCGUCUCUACACUAUGCCCUCUUGGCUGACGAGAUUCACGAUGUCAAAAUGCUACUGGGAGAUCAAGCCAGGGGUGGGGUCGUUGACAGUCCGCCGCCAGACCAGACAACCCCUCCAUUCCCAUUUUCUGGCACGACCGUGGAGAGCCUUGCGCCUUGGGCGCCCAGGUCGGCAGAGGAAUGCUCGGCAUUGCUUGAAAUAUUCUAUUCCAAUGUUGAUCCAAUGACGAGACUAGUCCACAAACCUACGCUCCGACGACGGUUCACCCAAUAUGUCAACCAGACAUACGGCACCACCGUUCAAAGUCCCGGUGAAGAGGCUGAAACGUCAAGAUCCGACCAUAGCAUCCGUACCUUUGAGCCUCUGGCAUUGGCCGUCUUUUACUCGGCCAUUAACAGCGUGUCGCCUGAAGAUGUGACUGCACAAUUUGCGGCCGAAAAGGAGACCCUCCUGGCACAGUACCAAAGAGGAGUAGAACUUGGGUUAGGGCGAGAAGGCUUCCUCACAACCACAAGUAUUGAGGUUCUCCAGGCGUUCGUACUCCUGCUGACUUGCCAAUCCCGGGAGGAUGACAUGGCAAGGACAUGGACUCUUCUGGGCCUUGUUGUCAGGAUGGCCCUCUCGCAAGGUCUUCAUCGAGAGCCUUCUCUAUUCCCAUCCAGUAAUAUGGAUGUUGUCCAGGUCGAGACUCGUCGGAGGCUCUGGCAUCAGAUAUGUCAUCUUGACUUUCGUUCCGCAGAAGGUAGGGGCCAGGAGCCCACAAUAGCAGAUGAGGACUAUACUACCCUGUUACCACGGAACAUCAACGAUGACGAACUCAUUGAAGGAGCACAUCCAACUACAGACGCAUACUCACCUCCUGGGUUUACCGAUAUGACAGGACAUUUGAUACGUCUGCACGGCAUCCACUGCUUCAGAAGAAUAGUUCGGAGCACGUAUAGGUUGGAGCGGAAAAUCAAGGCUUCAAACGCCCAUGGAAAUGGUAAUGUGUAUCCAAUCGCAGAGCUUCAGUCAUUGUUUGUGGAGGUGCGAAGCAUGGUAAAUGAGAUGGUCACUCAUAUCCAAACUCAAUACCUGCAAUACUGCGACCCCCGUAUUUCCGACCAGCGCAUGGCCCUUGGCCUGGCUGCGGUAAUUGAAUGGCGAUGCUGGUCCAUUUUCUGGCUGCGAACCCCAAAAGAGUACAGACAGGCUGUCGUUUCCCCCGAGAUCAGACAAACGUGA